AAGAUUCCCCCCCUCCCCCGGGCGCCCCUCCCCCUCUUAUUUGUAAACACCGAAAAGGAAAGCAGUCAAGCAGUCUUGUGUUGGUGUGCGGCUAAGCAUUAUGGCCACCGCAGACGUCAUUCGGGAGGCUGCCCUCUACCUCGAGUACUUCCUCAAAGGGCUGUCAGAAUGUAGUGUUAUUGGGAGCUACACGGUGCAGUUCCUGGAGAUGAGAGGCUUCACGCCGCGGCUGCAGAGCUCCCUGGCGGCACACCUGCUGCAGCUCAUCUCCAACAUGAAGAGUUUGUUGUUAAAGUUGGAUGAGUCUCUUGGGCCCAUAUGUAAUGCAGAAGUCCAAACAGAUGAUAUAAGUGAGUGCACCCUGUGUAAGUGCCAGGAGUCCCUCAUGGCCCCCAUCAAGUCUCCCUCCAUCGGAGACACCAAGGUUGAGUUGGAAUCAGCCACUCAGGGAAAAACCUAUGAGCCACCAGAGCUUGUCCAGCUCUUCUCUUCCUCACCACUGAUGCAACUGAAGCAGGAGAUUACAUGUGUGCCGGAUUCCAUCUCCAACUCUGCACACUGUCCAGGGGUGGAGAUGACAGUCAGUGACAUUGAUAUUAAAGAUCUGAAAACAAAAAACACACCCAAGUUACAUGAAAACAAUGAUUCUUCAAGUUCUCAAAUUGGCAAGUGUGUGCUAACUUCUCCCCUGAGUGUAGCCACACCACUGGAGCACAUGGAGCUGGAUUAUGUGGCCUCGGCUAACUUGGAGGACGACACCCCCGAGGAGAUCCUCCUGCAUGACCUGGAAGGGUCGGAGGUAGCUUCAACUGAUGGUUUGAUGUACUCGGUAUACACUAUGAACCCUGGUGGAUCCUUGCAAUUAGUUAGCAGAGUCUUAAGCAAGACAUCCAUAACCAAAGACCUCAUAGAAGAGCAGGUAGAAAGAGCACCCAUCAAAAUAAACAAUUUGAAGAGUACAGAGGAGGUCCCUGGCCAGGCUGAGGCUGCCACAGUGGGAGGCAUGCAGGCAGUGGGGAUGGAAGAAAGGCAGGAGGAGAUGGUGGUUGCCCCAGACAUUACCAGCUUUGAAGAUAUGCAAUUAAAAAAAUCAUCUGACAAGAAUACUGGCAAGAAGACAACAUCAUCCCAGGGAAGUGGCACUGGGACUAUACUCACCGAUAUUGUCAGGUUGGGGCCAGAGGACCUUGGCAGUGGGACUUGGUGCAGCAUUUGUGAGAAAGAGUUUCCUUCUGCAGGAAGCCUCAAGAUCCACCUGUCUAGAGUCCACAGUCAGGUCAAGUGGUGUCUCACGUGUACAAAGACAAUGAAUUCUGAGGAGGAGAUGUACAACCAUGUUCAAGAGUGUCACAGUGACCUGCCCUUCAUCUGUGUGGUGUGUGGUCAGACCUUGAGGACCAACGCUGCCUUCCAGAGACACAUGGACAUCCACAAAGGCCUGCGAGGGAGUGCAUGUGAGAUAUGUGGCCAGACUUUUUCCAGAACAGAAUAUUACCGUGAGCACAAGAGGAUCCACACCGGGGAGAAGCCGUACAAGUGUGAGACAUGCAGCAAAACCUUCAGCAGAUCAAGCAAUUUGUAUGCUCAUAUGAGAAUUCAUAAUGAGGAGCAACGCCACAUAUGUGAUGUCUGCAUGAAAUCUUUUGCUCGAGCAGACAAGCUGAAGGACCACAUGAUCCGACACCUGCAGAUAAAACGCUAUGCUUGCCGUUUGUGUCCCAAAGCCUACAAUGAGAAGAGGGACCUGACCAAGCACCUGGAGAAGAUACACACUGAUCAUGCUAAUGUGGACAUGCGACAAGAGCUUAUAAUAGGAAAAUGAUGUGAUAAAUUAACAUUCUUUGGUGUGUGUCAUAGUACCCUUGAUGACCAACUGUUAUGCUUAAAGGAAUGAUGCAAGUAUGACUCAUACCCUUAUUGGGUCAUUCUUGUAGCCCUCAACAGAGUGUGCAGAAAGCUCAAAUCGGUGUUAUAGGAUCCAGGAUCUGAGUGGUUGGAAAUAGCCUUAUAACCCCCCCCCCUUUGCAUGAACUUCUCUUCCAACUAAUGAAGUGUAGUCUUUUGUUUGAGAUAAUUUAAUAUUGAGGUGAUUUGAUUACCAUAGGUGGUGAUUAUGGAAUAUCCAUUGGAUAUAAAUUGCCUUUCACAAAAUUCUUUCACGUACACACAUUUCUUUAAAAUAAAGAUUAAAAGCCAUUUAGUGGAUGACUUUGCUUUGACAGCCCCUUGUGUUAGUAAGGGGGACAAGAUUAAUGCCGCACUACACACCAGAAAAUAGAGGCUGUAGACCUUUCUUUCUUUUUCUUUUUUUUUUUACAUCUGGCUUAUAGCGCCGGUAGGCUAUUACAAUGGGGCCUGAUGGUCGGCCUGAGCCCGUCAUGGCGCAGGCAAUUGUUUAAAGUGGCGCCAUUAUUAUUGGCUCAUGCUGCCCCUUGGAGCUCAUUGUUGAUUUCAUUUGCACUGUACAGCUUCUUAUAGAGUCCGGGUUGAUAGGUGGUCUUCAGGACAGCAUGUGGGUAGUUUUAGGCCACUCAGCGGUGACUGAAAAAUCCCAGGUGGUUAGCAGCAGAUUUGAACCCACAUCAUGGACAACACACCGAAUGCGAGGCCGGCACACUAACCACUCAGCCACCGCCUCUCAUGGUAGGAAUUUUGAGCACCUGCUUGAGCAGUAUGUAAUUCCUUGAUAAAAAUUCAGCAACAAUUGUAAAGGCGAGAAAGUAGUUCAAAUGUCUCAUUAAAGAUAAGUCAGUUUGAAAUAA